CGCUCCCGUGGUGCCUCAGCCGCGCCGGGAUCCCUUUGUGCUAAUAGCCCCGUCCUCAUUUGCUGCCUAAUUGGACUAUAUAAAGCCAAUAACGGGCGGGCGCUCGUAGCCUCCAGCCGCGGCAGCGCGUGGCGGGGGGGCCGGGGCCGCGGGGCUGCGGGCAGGGGCUGCGCGGAGCCUUCUCCUCCCGGCCGCCGCCCCGCCCGAUCCCAUUUGCCACCGUGCGUGCCCAAUCGCCGCGUGCUCCCCGCGUUUAACUUGGAUGACAUUUUGAUUUCAUCAUUAGCAUCCGGCGCCAGGUUGACGCAGCAGCAGCGGCGGCGGGAGGCGGCGGCGGCAGCGACGACCCCGGCUCUCCGUCUGCCCGCAGCAGCCCCCCGGUGCCGCGGGCCGCGCGGGUCCCCUCGGCCCCCCGCCCUGCCGCCCCCCCAUGCGAGGGGCCCCCGGCCGGCCCCGCCGCCGCGCUCCCACGCCGCCCCGCCGCGCCUCUCCCCCGCGCCGCCGGGAGCCGCCACCUGCGCGCCGGGCGCGGGCUGCGGGGCCAGCGGCGGGCAGGAGCCGGGCGGGCACCGGAGGAUGCCGGAGACCGGGCAGGAGCCACCCAGCGCCCCGCCGGCGCCCCCCAAGGAGUCCUUCUACAUCAAGAACCUGCUCAACGGCGGCCCCCCCAAGGCCGCCCCCAAGCAGCCCCGGGCGCUGUUCGCCCCCUCGGGCAAGGCGGCGGUGGACGGCGCCGGCUUCGCCCUCUCGCAGGUGGGCGACCUCGCCUUCCCCCGCUUCGAGAUCCCGGCGCCGCGCUUCGCCCUGAGCGCCCACUGCCUGGAGCGCGCCCAGACCUGGUGGUACCCGUACGCCCUGGCGCCGGCCGGAGCCCACCUGCCCCGCACGGAAGCCGCGGAGAAAUCCCUGCUGAGGGACUCGUCCCCCGCCUCGGGCACCGACCGCGACUCCCCGGAGCCGCUGCUGAAGGCGGAGGGGGAGCAGAAGGAGCUGGACUCCAAGAGCCCCGACGAGAUCGUCCUGGAGGAGAGCGACUCGGAGGAGGCCAAGAAGGAGGGAGGCGCGGAGGACUGGAAGAAGCGGGAGGAGAGCCCGGAGAAGAAGCCCUGCCGCAAGAAGAAGACGCGCACGGUGUUCAGCCGCAGCCAGGUCUUCCAGCUGGAGUCCACCUUCGACAUGAAGCGCUACCUGAGCAGCUCGGAGCGGGCCGGGCUGGCCGCCUCGCUGCACCUGACAGAGACCCAGGUGAAGAUCUGGUUCCAGAACCGCCGCAACAAGUGGAAGCGGCAGCUGGCGGCCGAGCUGGAGGCGGCCAACCUCAGCCACGCCGCCGCGCAGCGCAUCGUCCGCGUCCCCAUCCUCUACCACGAGAACUCGGGCGCGGAGGGGGGCGCGGGGGGCGGCGGAGCCCCCGGCACCCAGCCCCUACUCACCUUCCCGCACCCCGUCUACUACUCCCACCCCGUGGUCACCUCCGUGCCGCUCCUGCGGCCCGUCUGAGCCCGGCCGCCGCUGCGCGGAGGGGCGCGGAGAGGCGCGCAAGUCACCGGCCCGCCUGCUACUCCUCGAGAUUUGCCAAAUGCUAACGGGAAGCUGAAUUUCUGUUCCCUCCGGACCUCUCCUGCCUCCAAAUUGUUCAGGCUCCUGAUCCUGUCGUGACUCAAACUUCAUCGACCGCGGCUUUUCCUUUAAGCACGCCCCGGUACCAGUUUGCCUCUUUGCUUUCCCACGUUUUGUACCUUUCGGUUUCUCGUCAAGGGACUUUAUAACGAGCAAGAAAUACAGCCUCAAAGCGAACGGUUAAUCACACCCGCACGCUCUGAGUGACCCUUAUUUAUUAUCGUUUAGUUAGAUAUUUUUAAUUCUUGUUUAUAAUUCUUGUUUUCCUAGCUGUUGGGUUGGUUUUGUUUUGUUGGUCUUUUUUUUUUUCCCUUGUAAAGUUUUCUCGGUAUUCUUUUGGGGGAAAAAAAUCUGUACCUUUUUGCUUUCUUUUGUAAUUCUAAUUAUUCUAAUAAUUAUUAUUAUUGUACUUUUGAACUGUGCAAUAUUGUACGACGAUUCUUAAAGCACUGCUUUUAUUUGAAUGGUGAGGAAAGGGUUUUUAGCAUUGUAUAAUUGCGUUCGUUCAUGUUGUACAAAAUAAAAUAAAAUAAAAAAGAAUUAAAAGCGAAGGAAAGUGAGAAGAGAGGAGCAGGGCAUGGGAAUAAACAUCAGCCCGGCUUAUGCGAAUAAAUAAGGGAGAUUCGGUGAGCUGGGCGCUUUAAGUGAAGGACAAUCAACUUUAGGGUAAUUUUAAUUUAUUUGAUAUGAUGUACAGUUUUCUUCUAAAGUCCAUUGAGUAUGUGGAUUUUAAUAGGCAGAAAUCAAGGGAGGAGUGGGCACCUCUAGUCUCUCUCUGUCUUAGUGUCUGCUCACCUGUUGUCUGACAAUUGUUUGCUGUCUUCCCAUGGGUUUGGGUUGGUUUCUUUAUUUUAUUUAAAAAAAAAAUCCCCUUUCGGUUGUAUUCUCUGCCCUCUCGCUUUCUGUUAGGGAUCGGUCAUAUUUUUAAAACAGCCUAUAUUGUUAUAAACUUAAUGUUGUGGUGGAAAAAAAAAAUCAAUAAAACCCGUUCCUUAUCA